AUGUACUCUGCGUCUACCCACAGACUCAACACCCUUUGCCUCUGUGUGUGUCUCUCAGAGCUGUACUACGACCGCGGCAACCACCACGAGUUCGUGUCGCUGGUGAAGGACGUGGCACGGCCCGGGGAGCUCACCCAGUCGCAGUCCUUCGAUUUUGAGUUCACGCACGUUGAGAAGCCCUACGAGAGCUACUCGGGACAGAACGUGAAGCUCAGGUACUUCCUGCGAGCAACGAUGUCGCGCCGCCUCAGCGACGUGGUGAAGGAGAUGGAGCUGCUGGUGCACACGCUGAGCACCUACCCAGAGCUCAACAAUCCCAUCAAGAUGGAGGUCGGCAUCGAGGACUGCCUCCACAUCGAGUUCGAGUACAACAAGUCAAAGUACCACCUGAAGGACGUGAUCGUGGGCAAGAUCUACUUCCUGCUGGUGCGUAUCAAGAUCAAGCACAUGGAGAUUGACAUCUGUCGGCGCGAGACGACGGGCAGCGGGCCCAACGUGUUCCACGAGAACGACACCAUCGCCAAGUACGAGAUCAUGGACGGGGCGCCCGUCAGAGGUGAGUCGAUCCCCAUCCGCCUGUUCCUCGCCGGCUACGACCUGACGCCGACGAUGCGCGACGUGAACAAGAAGUUCAGCGUGCGCUACUUCCUCAACCUCGUCCUCAUCGACGAGGAGGAGAGGAGGUACUUCAAGCAGCAGGAGAUCACGCUGUGGCGCAAGGGCGACAUCGUGCGACGCAGCAUGUCCCACCACGCGGCCAUCGCCUCCCAGCGCUACGAGAGCCCCCCGCCCGCCCCUCCCCCCGCGGCCUCCACGGGGGAGCCGGGCCCUCCCGGCGGCACCGGUGGCACCGGCCGCUCCCCCGCUCCCGGCGGCGUCGGCGGCAUCGGCGGCGCCGGCGGCGACGACUCGGAGCCGCCCCCCCACGCCCCAGCGGCGUUCGCUCGCGGCCAGGCCGACGGGGACGCCCCCCGUGACCUCCUUCGCGACGAGGAGGACUAGCGGUGCUAGCGGGGCUGGCGGUGCUAGCGGGGCUAGCGGUGCUAGCGGUGGGUGACGACCAACUCGGGGCGGGUUUCACUUGAGCUCACGGGUAGCCCGGCUAAGCGAGCUCAGGCUCUGAGGAGGCGGUCACCCGGCACUUGUUAGAAUCGAGGAGCUUUAGGCCUCCUCGCUAGGCCUCGCCCGACUGGAUGAGGCUUUGCUUUAGGACUCGUUUGACGGAACUUAGACCCCCGACCCCGCUGGACGUUGUUAGAGUUAGGCUUUGCUAGACCUUUGCUAGACUUGGCUUGGGUGUGCUAGAUUGAACUGAGCUUUGCUUGACUGCACUGGCCUUGCGGGGCCUUGCAAGGCAGACAAAACCAGCCUUACUCGACGUUAUAAGACAGAAGUAGACCUUGCUAGACUUUGCUAGACAACGGGGCCUUGCUAGACCUUAGUACACAGACGUUAGGCCUUGUUCGAUUCCGUUAGACAAACCAGACUUUGCUAGACCUUGCUACACAGAAACGGGCUUUAUUUACGACUUGCUAAAUGCGCCUUGCGAAAACAGAGCUAGGCCUUGCCUCGUCUUGUUUGGUUGAGAUCGGGCUUUGCUAGGACUUGCUGGGUAGAACUCGACUUUUCUAUGCCCUUCUAGGCCUCACUGGACCACGCUGGCCCCGCCGUGCCCUGCCAGGCAGCAGCCUGGAGCCGCGUCACGACUAGGCCUCGACUAGGCCUCGACUAGGCCUCGCGAACUAGGCCUCGACUAGGCCUCGACUAGGCCUCGACUAGGCCUCGCGAACUAGGCCUCGACUAGGCCUCGCUAACUAGGCCUCGACUAGGCCUCGCUAACUAGGCCUCGCUAACUAGGCCUCGCUAACUAGGCCUCGCUAACUAGGCCUCGACUAGGCCUCGCGAACUAGGCCUCGCUAACUAGGCCUCGCUAACUAGGCCUCGACUAGGCCUCGCGAACUAGGCCUCGAACUAGGCAUCGACGAGGCAUCGACUAGGCCUCGACUAGGCCUCGACUAGGCCUCGCGAACUAGGCGAGCGGCAGGAUGCGUUCGUGCGUCUUAAACUAAGGCCCCGGUUGACAGUCGGUGGGAAAAUUCAUUGGGGGGGGUGGGGGGAGGUGGGAAUGAAUUUUGGGGGGGUAGUGGGGGGAGGGGGGCGGUAGGGGGGGGGCGCGGGGGAUGAUUUAGCUAAUUAUUGUCAGAUUUGUGGUGGGAUCAGCGUUGGGCGUUGUAGCUGCGUCCGCGGCUUGGCAGGUGUGUGGCGGGGGCUACGGGGGCAGAGUGGGUGUGGGGUGAUGUGGCUGUGAAGUCAGGUGUUUGUUAAUAAUCUGUAAUAUUAAUAUUGAAGGAUAGAUUAUAUUUACUUUAUAAGAGAAUUAAAAAUUUGAAGAGAAAAAAAACAACAAACAGCUUUUGAAUUUCGAUUUAAAGCUUUUUUUCGUGACUGCAGGGAUUCAUCUUCUCGGUUCUUUCGGUAAUGUCAUCAUGUAGAAGGGAGAUAAUAAAAUAAUAAAAAUAAAACGUAAUAAAAUACAAUUCUAACGACGUUUCGGCCACAACGCAAGCAGCCGUCCUCGGGUGAAGAAUAGGUCUGUCGCAAAGACAGCAUCUGAAUGAGCACCACCAGGCUUGGCAGCGUAUAUUUAAGCUGGGUUGGAGGGGGAAGGGCGCCUUGACAAAGGAAUUUGCAUAUCAACAGAGGACUUUAGCAUAUUUAUGGCAAAUGCAGAUAUGGGAUUAGUCACUACUUGUGGAAUGCGUAGGAGGUGGAGGGGGGUCUCAAAGUCAUAUUAUGCCCGUGCAUUAUGUAGGAUUAGCAGCAACAAAGGGAUGAGAUAGGGUUAGCAGUAACAAAGGGAAGAAAUUUUUAUAGUAAGGUCGUGAAAAUUGUAUUUUAUCACGUUCAAUUUUUAUUAUUUUAUUAUUUCCCUUCUACGUGACUUUACCGAAAGAGCCAAGAAGACGAAACAGCUUUUGCUUACCAACAGAAGCCCCGGCGACGUUCACGGACGAGUCUUGCGGCCGGCGAGAUGUUUUGUAAACGCCGGGAGGGGGCGGGGAGAGGAGAGGGGGGCGACGUUUCGCGCGGUUUUCCCUCCGCCACCGCCCCCCCUCACCGUCACGCGCCGGUCUGUGCGGAGCGCGGCGUCGCAGAUAUAAAUAUAUUUUUUAGCAUUCGGGCGGCCGAGGCGUUGUAGGUAGAGAGGCGUCGGCACUAAACUCUUUUUAGCGGGCAGACGCCUCCGGCUAAUGCCUCUUGUUGUUAUUUUUUUACGCCGCGCAACCGAGUCAGGCCGAGCCAGGCCUGGUGCGGCUCGGUGUGGGGGGGGGGUGGGGGGCCGGGUUGUUUUUUUCCACCGCGCAUGCCAAGCCAAGCUUCUGACGUCACAACACGCACGCGGCAAACGAGCCUGGCGCCAGAGGUCGCAAACGGGUUUUGAUUCACUAUGAGACAUCUCCUUUACCAGUGGCAAAAUAUAGUAGUAGGUUUUUACCCUUUCAACUGGUACAAAAACUGACACCUUCAUACAAGGCAUCAUGUUUGCAAUAACCACAACACAAGCAGUCAAAAUGCAAACAAAACUCUGAUGAUGAUAAUUAACUUCAAGGACAGUGCAUAUAAUUAUCAUAAUCAGAGUUGUUUCUUUUUGUUUCCAUUUUGACUGCUUGUGUUGUGGUUAUUGCAAACAUGAUGCCUUGUAUAAAGGUGUCAGUUUUUGUACCAGUUUAAAGGGUAAAAACCUACUACUAUGAGUUCUGAUUCCUUACCCCCCGUACCCGUACCCGGCCGCACCAGGGUUGCAAACGGGUACCCGUACCCGAUACCCGGCUACCCGUACCCGGCCGGGUAUCGGGUCGCAAACGGGUACUGGAUUGCGACCUCUGGGAUGAAGCCACGUUGCAGGCGCGGGCGGGUUGAUUCUAGGAACUUGAAUUGUGAGAAGAGACAAGACGUUGGGAAAUGAGUGACAAACGGUGACUCAUCAGUGACUCACGGCCUACCCGUACCCGGCCGCACCAGGGUCGGCUACCCGUACCCUACCCAUACCCGGCCGGGUAUGGGUAGCCGGGUAUCGGGUAGGGUACGGGUAUCGGGUACCCGGUUGCGACCUCUGCCUGGCACCCCCCUCCUCCUCCUCCCUGCCCCGUGAGCGAAUCCACCACGGGUUGGUUCCAGCUCGGCCCGGCAAACGUCCACAGUGGGAUAAACCACCCAUACCAUGCCAGACCCCCCCCACCCCGCGCUGGCUUGGCUCGGAUAUGCCAGUGGAAAACCCACCCAUACCGUGCUGACUUGGCUCGGAUGUGGCAGUGGAAAACCCACCCAUACCGUGCUGGCCCUGUGCUGGCUUGGCUCGGAUGCGCUAGUGGAAAAAAGGGGGGCCCUGGUGGUGCAGGUGUUGGCAGUCUCCUGCCUGGGAUUCCUUAGACCAAUUAAUUUAGUUUUUUGCUAAAAUAGUUUAGUACAUUUUUACACACUCGUUUUCAAGUUGGAGGAACCACCCACCCCCCCCCCCCCCCCCCAUAACGUCGUAUCUCGACAACCUUGUUGCUGCACUGGCUCCGGCCACAGGGACCCGUUGCUUUGUUUGGCCAAAGCGUCUUCAAAUUCCACUCGCCGCGACCAAACCGCUUUGCCCCCCCGCCCGCCCGCCCGCCCCCCACCCGUACCGACCGCCCUCCAUUCGAAUACAGAGCCAGCCGUUACGCACCGCACUUGCCCGAUGAUUGGUAAAGACACGCGCGCGGCACGAACGCGCGUAUCGCGCGUUGAACUCCUUUGGUACCGUGCGUGGCAAACCGCGCGAGUCGGAGGUGUGCGGCAUGGCAGGAACAACAAACUCAACGCCACAAAAAAAUCAAACGCGGCGUAGAGCGCACCGCACGCGCCGGAUGAUCGCGAAUGAGCGGCUCGACUCGUAUCGGAUCAACUCUACGGGUGCCACCGUCACCCCCCCCCCCCACGACACACACAAGAUGGAGCCCAUUAAUUUAACCCUUUUUAAAUCCUUUAUAUUAAGUUCGCUUGCUUGCUUACGACCGUGCAAAUCUUUCGGUCGUUUUUUAACCCACUUCCCGUGAUCCAAUCGAGCUGACAUUUUGCACACAGACUCGUUGUGCGUGACAAUUAAUGUUCGUGACAUUUUUUUCCAAAAUUUUACACUGUUUAGGACAAAAAUAUUAUAUUUAAUUACCAAUUGCUUAAUGGUGCAAUGCAAUCACCUGACCCAUAGGUGGCAGCCAUCUCAAGCCAGAGGACCAGAGGACUCUAGCCGCCACGCAUAUAAAGGAUUUAUAGUGAAAAACUUUGUUUUUACGGGUUAUACUUGUUAAACCUUCGUAAGGUCGCAGCUGCUUUGUGAAAUCCACCGUGGAAGUGACUCUUGUGUCGGUCACCGGGGCGGGGGGGCGGUGAGGGUCGUUUGACCAUACUUCACCGCGCCGGUCAACGCUGGCGUGGCGGGCGGGCGGGCCUCCGGGUUUCCUAAUGCGGUGCGCUAACCACUGUGCCACCACUCCCCUCCCCACCGCGCCAGGCCAAGCCACGUGUUUGACUGCUUUGUGGCGCUCCUCAAGCCACGUUUCGAUGGUUUGUGAGUUCAGAACCGUCGUCACUCCCAUCAUCCCUUGCGGGGUCAAUAAAAUGAGCACCGCUUAGUGUCGGGUGCGGUGGGGUGGGGGGGGGAGAAGCCAACCGCGUUUUUGUUCACUGGAAUAAACUUCCUCGAUGAAA